AUCUAAUUUAAAAAAGUUUCAAACACAACGGACAAUGAUUGUCCACGUCAUCAUGCCACGUGGCUUUCGAUUUCACUACUGUCCAAAAAGUAAGGGUUUUGGUUUCUUCUUUCUAUAUUUCCCGUUACAACCAACUCGCUCAAAAUCACAGAGUCGACUCAGAUUCAACUCGUUCCAUUUUCAUCCAUUUUUUUCUUCUUCUUCUUCUUCUUCUUCCAGAUCUCUCUCGAUCUCUUUCUCCGGAAUGUGUGAAAUUUGAUGGAUAUGGUGUGCCAAGCUAUGAAUUCAUGGACAUUUUGUGACUUAGUGGCUGCAUUUCUUGAUCUCUCAAUAGCUUAUUUUUUGCUUUGUGCUUCGAGUCUUGCUUUCUUUGCCACAAAGUUAUUGGGUUUAUUUGGAUUGUGUUUGCCAUGUCCUUGUGAUGGAUUGUUUUGGAACCCAAGAAACAAUCAGUGCUUGCAAAAACAGUUAGUGGAUUGCCCAUAUGAGAAGAUCUCUUCAGUUCAGUUCACAGCAAGGAGUAAGUUCCCUUUCGAUUCCAUUUGGGAUGUCGAACAAAUUGAAAACUCGGGUGUUAAAUUAGGAAAUGAGAGCAAUCAUGAAAAUAGGCAUGCUGAUUUGGAAUUUGCAGCCUCAAGUAGCUCCUUUCCACAGAGCUUACAAGAUCUUUCUGAGAGAGAUUCAUCGAUUAAGCUUGGUGGUGGUGAGUUUGGCACUGCGAACUUAGAUGCUUCCAAGGAAGAUCAGUAUGAUAAUCUUAAGGGAAAGAGGGUUCAAGGGCGGAGGCUUAGACAUGGUCUUCGUCGCCGUCGCAGGGGAGCCUCAGUUGGUUAUGGAAAGUUGUCCCCGUUUUCAUCAUAUGAUACUUUUCAGUCAGAUGCACGGAACACUCCUCAUUCUCCUUCCAGCAUCAGUAAAUUCGGGAAGGAAGUUGCUGAAGAUUCUAGUAAUUAUGGAGAUGGUCGAGAAGCGACAACAGAAUAUGGUUCGGCUGAUAAAGUUUCACUAAGUCUUGAAUUGAGUAACUCAAUUGAAGAAAAUACAAAAGUGAGAAGAGAAGUGAUGUCAGUUAAAGAGUUGGGGUGUGAUGCGCUAAGGAAUUUGAAUUCUGAUGACAAUCAGACGAAUAUGAUUAGAACGUUGGAACAAGCAUUAGAAGAAGAGCAUGCUGCUCGAUCGAAUCUGUACCUUGAACUUGAGAAAGAGAGAAGUGCUGCUGCUACUGCUGCAGAUGAGGCAAUGGCCAUGAUAUUGCGUUUACAAGAAGAAAAGGCGUCGAUAGAGAUGGAAGCCAGGCAAUACCACAGAAUGAUUGAAGCCAAAGCUGCUUAUGAUGCUGAGGAAAUGAACAUUUUCAAAGAGAUUUUGUUAAGAAGAGAGAGAGAAAAGCAUUUCUUGGAGAAGGAGGUUGAAGCAUACAGGCAAAUGAUAUUGGGAAAUGAACAAUCAGAUUUCGAGAUUCAAGAUGCAACUGGUGUUCUCGAACAUGAGUCGUCUACUCUUUAUUCAAAACAAGAUCCAUUGUUGAUGCUUGAACAGAUAAAUGACUUUAGUGAGAAACCAAAAGUUGAAGUUGUUGAUAGCUCUUUAGAUUAUGAGUUAGCAUCAUUCAAUUCACAAAGUAACACUCUUACUUUUGGGAAAGAAUUAGAAAUUCCUCAACUGGCUGAAGAUAUUGAUUCACAUUCUCUUGUCUUAAAUAGCACUAAAACCAACGAUGAAUCACAGCAGGAAGAAUGUACCAUUGAUGAGAAUAUAGUUUGCCAACAAAAGGAGGUAGAGAGAUUGGAUGGAUGUUCAGAAUGGAAUGAUUUAACCAAUGACUUACCCUCAAAGGCAUUUGAUAUUCCAUGUGUCGAAUCCACUGAGCCAUCUAAAGUGGUGGUUGAUGCAGAGUCUCAUGUUUACGAUGUUCAUGUUAUCGAUAAUGAAUCUAAGGUUUCGAAUAAAGUGACAGUAAGAAAAAGUGAAAGUCAGUCUGCAAGUGCUCCCUUAACUCAUGCAAGAAGAUGGGGUAGUAUGUCAUUGAGUAUGUUCGAAACUCGAUAUGAUGCAAACAGAAGUAGUUCAGACAUAAGCAGUAGUGGGUUACCACCAAAAGGAAAUUCUCGAGAAAAAUUUGCACGUAAUGAUAUGCGACGAAAUUCAAUGUCAGCAGUUGACUAUGAAAGAUUGAAAAUCGAGAAUGAAGUCGAGUGGCUUAGGGAAAGGUUGAGGAAAGUACAAGAGGGAAGAGAGAAACUUAAUUUCUCUGUUGGACAUAGAGAGAGGGAAAAACUCCAGUUGCAACUUUUGGAGGAUAUAGCAGGCCAGCUUCGAGAGAUUCGACAAUUGAAUGAGCCUGGAAAGGUUGAGCGCCAAGCUUCAUUACCGCCCGCAUACUCUAAGGUUACAUCAAAGAAAAGACGCUGGCGAAGCUCAUCGAUAGGAGUUCAGAAAAGUACUUAACAGGUACUACAAGAACUAAUAAUGCAAGUUACUUCUACUAUGAACUGUAUCGUUCGCUCGAGUGCACAGAAGUCUGCAUUUGUAGAUUUGGCGCAGGCACUGAUAAACACUCGACCAGGACGACGAUGUGUUGGAGUUGGACAGAAAAAGGUAGAGAUCAUAAAUAGGAGAUGUUCAGUAGUUUACUUCAUAGCUCUUUUAUCUGUUCUUAGCCGUGAUGCCAAGUGAAAUAAAUUUUUUGUAAGUUGGAUAUUAUCAUGAGAGAAAUAAAGGGUCACACUUUUGUUUUAAA